UUACACAUUUGCAUCUGGUUCUCCAGAUAAUAUUAAGCAGUGGAAAUUCCCAGAUGGAAACUUCAUUCAGAACCUAUCUGGUCACAAUGCUAUUAUCAACACGCUGGCUGUAAAUUCCGAUGGUGUCCUGGUCUCAGGAGCUGAUAAUGGUACAAUGCAUCUUUGGGACUGGAGAACUGGUUACAAUUUCCAGAGAGUACAUGCAGCUGUACAGCCAGGCUCUUUGGACAGUGAAUCAGGAAUAUUCGCUUGUGUUUUUGACCAGUCAGAAAGCAGAUUGCUAACUGCUGAAGCUGACAAAACCAUAAAAGUAUACAAAGAAGAUGAUACUGCGACGGAAGAAACUCAUCCUGUCAGCUGGAAACCAGAAAUUAUCAAGAGAAAGCGAUUUUAGUGUGGCAACAUACUUAUGCUGUAAUUUUGGUUUGGCUUUCCUGAGAGCAUUCAGUCAUAUUGUGUUCUGCCGAGAGCAGCAGAGCAGGAAGUCAGCUAAGUCAUUGCUAUUUCAACAUGUUUUAUAAUAAAUUUUAUUUCUCUUUCCUUUUGUCUUUUUUCUGGUGUGAUCCCAGCAAACCAGUUGCAGCUGUUAACUUUCUCUUUGAGCAUGUAUAGUUCAUGAAAAGGAUAGAUGUGCAGGUGGUUACUUCUUCAUAUGAAUCUAUUGAGUGCAAGUCUAAAAAUAUUUUGAUAAGCCAGGUUUUCUGAAAGACCCUUGCUU